UACUGGCUUAGAAUAGGGCUGACUUUAGGGUAAGUGGGAUAAGGCUGAACAGUCCAUAUAAUUAAAAUCUCAUCUGAGUUGCCUAAAUGCGAAGAAUAUUAAAAUUUGUACAAUGGUAAAAGGACCUAAGAGUUGGCGUUUCUUAUUAUGAUUCCAGCAUACGCCAGCUUCAUGUGCUGGAAGUUUGGGAAGAUAAUGACUCAGGCUUUCCCUUGAUUGAUCUGGUAAAGUAUCAAGCUCAGCCCCUGAUCAUAUAUACAAGCACGAAAAGUGAAGAACCGUUUUUGUCCGCUUUACAACGAAAUGAUGAGAUGACUAAGGCUCCCGAAGUGAAGUUUGUAAAAAGUUCAAUAUUUAGCUAUGAGCAAGCAUGGCACAGGUUGAUAUACCUUCGCGUCACAGGAAUGGAUGACGGAUUAAAUAUCAAGGAGAGAAUUUGCUAUCUUAGUUCUAUGAUGGACAUUGGAAGUGAGGUUCAAGUUCGUGUAAGUGGGGGCCUUUUGGCCAUAUUAGAGAAUGAAAGGAUCGUAGAUACCCUGGAACAAAAGGAAAGUGGAAAUGCAUCAAUAACCAUUGAUUCUGUAAUUGAAAUUUCAUUAAACAAGUUUCUUAAACUUGAUGCAACAGCUCAUGAAGCAUUGCAGAUAUUUCAAACAGACAAACAUCCAAGCCAUAUGGGCAUUGGCAGAGCAAAAGAAGGGUUCUCCUUGUUUGGAAUGAUGAAUAAGGUAGUAGAAGCUAUGCGGUGUUCUGUUUUACCGUAUUUAUUUGCUUAUUGGAGUAAUUUAUUUGCCUUGCAUUCAGUGUGUGACACCAAUGGGUCGACGACUUUUAAGAAAUUGGUUCCUGAGACCUAUACUGGACCUCGAAAUUUUAAAUGGUCGUCUGAAUGCUUCUUUCUUUGUUCUGAAGAACUGAUGGCUUCCUUACGUGAAACUCUGAAGUCUGUGAAGGACAUCCCCCACAUACUUAAGAAAUUCAAUUCCCCGAGCUCCACGUGUAUUGCUAGUGACUGGGCAGCGUUUUUGAAGAGCGUUUGUGCACUCUUGCAUGUGACCAAGAUAUUUGAGGUGGGCAUUUCCGAAGGUCUUCAAGAGCAGCUGAGGCUUUCGAAUUUAGACAUUGUUGAGAAGGCUGCUUCAUGCAUCACAACAGAGCUGGCCUAUGUCCAUGAAUUGGUGAUUGGUGUCAUCGAUGUUAAUAGAAGUAAAGAGAAGGGAUAUGGAACAUUAGUGAAAGAAGGUUUUUGUGAGGAGUUAGAUGAGUUGAGGCAAAUAUACGAGGGACUGCCCGAAUUUCUGGAAGAGGUGGCAGCGUUAGAGCUUGGGGAACUUCCUCAUUUGUAUAAAGAGAAACUUGUUCCCUGUAUUGUUUACAUAAAUCAAAUAGGAUACUUGAUGUGUAUUUUUGAAGAAAAACUAGAUGAUAUCACCCUAGAGAAACUUCAAGAUUUCGAAUUCGCGUUCUCUGAUAUGGAUGGAGAGACAAAAAGAUGCUUCUAUCGUACCCCAAAGACACGUGAAUUGGACAAUCUUCUCGGAGAUAUUUAUCAUAAAAUUUUAGAUAUGGAGAGGGCAAUCACUAGAGACUUGGUGUCGCAUGUACUUGUUUUCUCAACUCAUCUGCUUAAGGCUGUCAAUUUUGCGGCAGAACUUGAUUGCUUUUUGUCAUUGGCACUAGUUGCCCAUCAAAACAAUUAUGUGAGGCCCAUUUUGACUCAGGAAACGUCACUUGACAUACAAAACGGAAGGCACCUUUUGCAAGAAAUGACCGUGGAUACAUUUAUUCCGAACGAUACAAAGAUUUAUAAUGAUGGAAGGAUUAAUAUCAUCACUGGUCCUAAUUAUUCAGGGAAAAGUAUCUAUAUAAAGCAGGUGGCUUUGAUUGUGUUUCUUAGCCACAUAGGAAGCUUUGUACCAGCUGAUGCUGCCACGAUUGGAUUGACUGAUAGAAUAUUCUGUGCAAUGGGAAGCAAGCAUAUGACAGCAGAACAAUCAACAUUCAUGAUUGACCUUCGUCAAGUAGGAAUGAUGCUAAGGCAGGCAACUUCUCGGUCAUUAUGUCUUUUGGAUGAAUUUGGUAAAGGAACUCUUACAGAAGAUGGCAUUGGUCUGCUUGGAGGGACCAUAAAUCAUUUUAUCACAUUCGAUGAUCCUCCAAAGGUUUUGUUGUGUACUCACUUGACCGAGUUAUUCAAUGAAAGCUCCUUACCAAAGUCUGCGAAGAUGAAAUUUUACACCAUGAGUGUGCUAAGGCCUGAAAACAACUCUACAGAUAUUGAAGACAUCGUCUUUCUAUAUAGGCUGGUUCCUGGACAUGCACUUCUUAGUUAUGGACUGCAUUGUGCACUACUUGCUGGUGUGCCGGAGGAAACGAUCAAGAGAGCUGCAAAUGUGUUGGAUGCGGUUCAAAAUAAUAGGCAUGUUGAGCGCUCGAAACAUGAGAAUAUAUUAGCUCGAGAUCAGCAAUACAAGGACGCAGUUGAGAAGAUGUUGACAUUUGAUAUUCAUUCGGGCGAUCUCAAAUUCUUCUUCCAAGAAUUGUUUCCCUCUUAAUUCAUCAAAGGUUAUGAUUUGUCACAGCUAGUUUGAUUUUCUUCUAGUGGGCUCUCUACUUUGUCUUAGUAUGUUCUUCAGUUCAUAUUAUUAUUGAAGCUUAAACAGAUACAAGUUGCCUCACAUUCAUUGGAAAUGUGUGCUGUGAUGGACCAUCAAAAAGGGUAUCCACAAAGAUUUGAGCAACCGCCUGUGUUGGAUGUACAAUAUCCCAAAAGACAUGAUCACUUCUGUUCGGGCAAUAGGUUGAAAUGGGCACGCAAGGGACUUCGGCCUUCAGUUUCCCAAGCCCACAACAGGCUGCUUUAGACUCUGCAAAACCUGAUGAGAUAGAUAACUUGGUUCAGUUGAAUCCAAGAAAAAAAAGAGUUGAGCUAAAAAGAUGAUUAACAUAGUUUUAGAGAUAGAUUCUGAGUAUUGAAUGAGUCUAAUUCAAGUUUAUAGUACUCUUAACUCUCAAGUUUGAGUCAAAUUAACCUAACUCAAUCAAGUCAUUAAAAAGUUACUAGUGAGUUUUAUCAUUUUCAAUAAUUUUUUUCUUUUUUCAA